AUGGCAUCAACAUACAACUACGAGUACUUUAACGUCACAUUUCCUGGAGAAUAUGUCGCGCAGGUUGAAAUCAACAGACCGGAGAAGAUGAAUGCCUUCAACGACACUAUGUGGAGGAACAUGGGUCAGAUCUUCGAACGUCUAUCUCACGACCAGGAGGUGCGCUGCGUGGUCUUGACUGGCGCAGGAGACAGAGCUUUCUCAGCAGGUCUCGAUGUUCAAGCAGCAGCAGACGCAGGAACCUUGUCUGGAAACGACGGACUCGAUCCUGCGAGAGUGGCACACCGACUUCGUCACCACAUUGAUGAAUUCCAAGCAAACAUCAGUCAGAUCGAGAAAUGCGAGAAGCCCGUGAUAGCUGUACUGCAUGGAUUCUCUUUCGGUUUAGCACUAGACAUGACCCUUUGCGCCGAUAUUCGCAUCUGCGUUUCUACCACAAAGUUCGCAGUCAAGGAAGUUGAUAUUGGACUUGCCGCAGACAUCGGCACUCUUUCUCGUCUGCCCAAAGCUAAUGUCCCAAUGACGUUCAUCAAGGAUGUUGCUCUGACAGCUAGGCUAUUCACUGCACAAGAAGCCCUCACAAAUGGCAUCGUGUCCGCUGUGUACGACACCAAGGCCGAGGCUUUGGCCCAAGCAGUCGAGAAAGCAAAGCUGAUCGCCAGCAAGAGCCCAGUGGCAGUCAUGGGUACGAAAGAGGUCUUGAACUACUCCAGAGAUCACUCGGUGCAAGAGGGCUUGAAAUAUGUGUCGGUGUGGAAUGCAGCAUAUUGUAACACAGCAGAUGUGACCGACUCGUUGACAGCAGGCAUAAAGAAGACGAAGCCUGUUUAUGCAAAGCUGUAA